GACAUCAGGUUAUAGCCACCAGCACGCUUCCCCUCAUCCCUAAAUCUCGGCGGUCUUGCCUCUUCGGCCUCCGUCCGCCGGAUCCCAGGGGCGGGGCUUCUCGGUGGCACACCGGCCGCCACCAACUACUCUCCCGGCUCUGUCGGCUCUUUGCUCGCUAUGCCUCCGCCACAGGGUGACGUGACCGCCUUGUUCCUGGGGCCUCCGGGCACGGGGAAGUCUGCGCUGAUCUCAGCGCUGUGCGACAAGGAUGUCGAGACGUUGGAGGCCCCCGAGGGACGGCCAGACUCCAGGGUCCCCAGCCUGAGAGCCGCUGGCCCAGGCCUCUUUCUGGGCGAGCUGAGCUGCCCACCCGCAGAGCCAGGGCCCUGGGCGGCGGAGGCCAACGUGUUGGUACUGGUGCUACCUGGACCCGAAGGGAACGGGGAGCCCUUGCCCCCAGCGCUGGGAGAGGCAGCGCGGGCUGCCCUGGCCCGAGGGACCCCGCUCCUGGCUGUGCGGAACCUCCGUCCUGGGGAUUCACAAAAUGACGCCCAGGCCCGGGAUCAGACAGCAGCUCUGCUGGAUAGAGCGGGGUUAGGAGCCGCUGCUCUCUUCGUGCUGCGGUUAGACUACGGCAGCAGUGAAGGCUGCGAGGAGCUAGAGCGCCUGCGGGCGGCGCUGCAGAGCCAGGCGGAGGCACUGCAGGGGUUCCUGCCACCGGCCCAGGAUGGUUUUGAGGUCCUGGGCGCUGCAGAAUUGGAAGCUGUACGAGAGGCCUUUGAGACUGGUGGCCUGGAGGCGGCGCUGUCGUGGGUGCGUGCAGGCUUGGAGCGCCUGGGCAGCGCGCGCCUGGAUCUGGCUGUGGCCGGCACUGCUGACAUGGGCCUUGUCCUGAACGUGCUGCUUGGAUUGGAUCCUGGCGACCCAGGUGCUGUGCCUGCUUCUGUGCCCACGAAGCCCACUCCCUUCCCAGCCCCAGAGCGCCCCAAUGUGGUGCUCUGGACUGUGCCUCUGGGCCCUGCGGGCACUACCACUGUCGCCUCUCACCUGAUGCACUACGACGCCCUCAUCCUCGUCACCCCUGGGGCCCCCGCCGAGAAGGAUUGGGCCCAGGUCCGGGCCUUGGUGCCACCAGAUGCGCCACUUGUCUGCGUGAGAACAGACGGCGAGGGCGAGGAUCCAGAGCCUCUGGAAGAAGAGGACGCAGUGGAGAAGCCCAGCAGCAAGAGCUCAGAGCAAGCAGGCAGAGGUGGGUCGGAAAGUGCCCCCAGUGCGGGAAGGGAGAAGCGUGGCACUGGAUUGCAGAAAGCAGGCAGUGGGGAAGGCUCUGAGAAAGCUGUCAGCGGGAGUGUGCAGCAGAUUGUCGUUGGCGCAAAGAAGUCAGGCAGUGGGGACUCAGAUCCCGCAGCAGCGUUGAGCCCGGAGGAUGAGACCUGGGAGGUGCUAGAGGAGUCGCCGCCACCAGUGUUCCCUCUGCGUGCAAGCGGACUCCCGGGGCUGUGCGAAUGGCUGCAGCGAGCGCUCCCCCCAGCCCAGGCGGGGGCGCUGUUGCUGGCGCUGCCGCCGGCGUCUGUCAGUGCUGCCCGGAAGAAGGCUGCGGCGCUCCGGGCCGGCGCGUGGAGGCCGGCUCUGCUGGCUAGCUUGGCGGCAGCAGCGGCACCAGUUCCAGGGCUGGGCUGGGCAUGCGACGUGGCCCUUCUGCGGGGUCAGCUGGCAGAGUGGCGGCGGGCAAUGGGACUGGAACCCGGGGCGCUGGCACGACGUGAGCGUGCCCUAGGCCUGGCUCCUGGGGAGCUGGCAGCGCGUGCGCAUUUCCCAGGCCCAGUGACACGCACGGAGGUGGAAGCCAGGCUGGGUGCCUGGGCUGGAGAGGGCACUGCAGGGGGUGCAGCCCUUGGCGCACUCUCCUUCCUGUGGCCUGCGGGUGGCGCGGCAGCGACAGGUGGCCUGGGCUACCGCGCCGCUCACGGUGUCCUCUUGCAGGCGCUCGAGGAAAUGCUGGCAGAUGCUGAGGCUGUGCUGGCACCGCCUGAGCCUGCCCAGUGAGAGGUGGGAUGGGGGCCGGGCUUCCCCAAGUCCCACUUAGGGGAGAGGGGGGUUGGGAGGCCAGACUCUGGCAUGGGACGCCCGGGCCUCUGAGCUAAGACUGGGGAGCCGCUACUCAGAAUCCUGGGUGCUUGAAGGGCAUGUGGCUCUGGCUUCUAUUGGCACGUGUGGCUUCUAAUCAGCGGAAUUCGUGGUUCCUGAAGGGGAAUAGAGUUUGGGGGACAGGACUCCUGACUUCCCUGGGAACCAGGAGACAUGACAUCCAGUCUCUUGUGUCCUGAAGGGAGUUGGCCUGAACUCUAGAAGUGGGUGUGUCUUAGCCGCAUAGAGAAUAGAAACAGGUUAUUGGAUGUCUAGCCCUCCAGUAGAGAGAAGGUAGAAGCCCUGUUUCCUAAUGUUGGGGGGGGGGGUCCAUCACUAGGACCUGAACUCCAGUAUGGGGGAAAAGGCCUGCACACAGCCUCCCAGGUCUCCAAGGGGCAGUAGCUUUUGAAUCUUUAUUGCAGGGUCUCCAGGAUUUCAGACUCCUGGCUCCCAAGAAGGCUGUGGACCUUGGUUCCUAGUUCUUGGGUGGUGGGAGGUCUGCAUCUGGAGGAGGCAUCAAGGGGCUUGUGGGGAAAUGCUGGAGACCUCUUGAUUUCUUGUAGGGGGUAGAAGGGUGUCCACUGUUCUCCAGAGGUCUGGUUGUGGGGAGGAUGGUCCCACAAAAAAUGAGAGGGAAUAAGAGAUUUGGACAUGGUGGGCUCUGGGGUUGCCAGGGACCAGGACUGAGGCUUUCUGGGCGUGGAAGGGCAGGAAACUAUACCUCAGAAAUUAUUUCCCACAAACCUUAUAUUUGGAUCCUCACAACUGCCUCUCUGAGUUUGGGAAAGGAUAUGACCACCUUCAUUUUAUAGGUGCUGGGUGAUUCAUGGGUCUCUAGGGGAGUAUGUUCCUCUGCCCCUCUUUCCUUUGGGUGUUUCUAUCUUUUAAUCUUAGUUUCUAAUGUCAUUAAACCAUAAUCCAUUCUGGCCUUGGUGUUUUGUGCACCUGCCUUUUUAGAAAUCAGCCGUACUGUUGCACUAGUCCAAACAUUUCUGUGUGGCUACCUCAGGUGUUCCCAAGAGGCUUUGCCUUCUAGUGUACACAGAGGGUGCUGCAGUGAGCAAGGGUCCCACAGAAUGGCUGGGCAGGCAUUACAGCCCAUGGGAAUGUGCCAGAAGUGAGGCAAAGGCAGAAACCACAGUACCUGGAAUGUUCUAGGGUGCCAGCUCCAUGUAGGGAAAAAGCUGUAGGUUAUGGAAUUCUUCAGUGUCAAAAACAGAAAAGGAGGUCCUUAGAUGCCAUGGAGUAGAAUUUCUUUUGUAAUAGGUGGGGAAAGCGAGUCCAGAGAGGUUAGGCUUGAGACCUAGCAGCACACAGCAAGGCCCUAUGGAUCUGUUCCCUGUGUGUCUGCCUCAUUGCCUGCCCCUUCCCAUUCCCAACCAGCCUGAUGGGUCUUCCUUCUCCUGCUUGAGUGGACCACCUUGAGUCCUGCCCCGGGACCUUUGCACUUGCUGUUCUCUUUCCUACAGUGCUCUACCCUCACAACCUCCCAGGACUGGCUCCUUGUCAAUCAGAUCUUAGCUCCAAUAUCCCCCCAGAGAGGCCUUCCCUGACCACCCUAACUGAAGUAGCUCAUACGUCCCCAUCCCCAUUGUUCAUCUGGCCAGUCGAUUUUCCUUGUAGCAAUUAUUGUUAUCAAAAAUGACCUUAUUUAUUUAUUUACCUAUUUAUUGGUUAUUGCCCCUUGCCUGUCUUCUUCUCUGGUAUACUCCCAGCACCUAGAACAGUAGGUGCCUGACACAUAAUAGGUGCUUAGUAAAUAUUUGUUAUUUUAAUUCAUUGAUCAGUGGCAGAAUCAUACUGGAAUUUAGAUUGUCGGCCUCUUGCCACGAUCAGAAAAAGGAGUGAGAUGGGGAGAAACAGGCAUUUAAUGGGAGAGAAUGCCUGUCUGAGGUCAAGGAACCUAGGAAGCAGGCAUGGCUUUGCUGCUGCCACUCCGUGUGACUUGGAUCAGUGCCUUAUUUUCCUGUCUGUGAAAUGAAAGGGCUGGACAAGAACCAUAAAUUCUUCUGAGAUCCUAUUUCCCUUGACAGCUGAAGACCAGGGUAACUGAUCCGAGGGGCAGAUACUUGAGGGACAAUGGUACCCCUAUGUCCAGCUUGAACUCCCACCACUGACACGGUUUGUCCCAUCAAAGUUGAGAUAGCAUUUGGCUCUCUACUGAAUGGCUCCAGGGACCCUGUCCUCCCAGCUCACUCAGCCUUAGGGGAAUGGUAUCAUGCACAUCUGUAAUACCCAGUACACCCCUUUGUCUACCCCUCAGUCUAGCGUUCAAGCCCCUCAGUCAAGCGUGGCAGAGCAGCGCUGUCCCAUGAAAACAAUGCAAGCCAUGGAUGUAAUUUCAAAUUUUCUAGUAGUCAUAUUAAAAAAAUAAAAGGACACAAAUUAAACUCACUUUAAUAUGUUUUACUUAAUAUGUCCAAAAUGUUAUCAUUUUUGCACGUGAUCAAUAUUUUUUAAAUUAAUGUGUUACUUUAUAUCCUUUCCUGCUAUGUCUUCAGAACCUGGUGUAUAUUUUACACUUACACUACAUCUCAAUUCAAAUGAUAAAUUUUCAAGUAGAAUUGCGUGACCUCCAUUUAGAUUUCCUAAAAUCCAUAUUCGGAGAAGUAGAUUCAAAUGCCCAGUUGUCCCAAUUUUAUUUAGUAGUUUUCCAAUAACUGAAGGAGUAUACAUUUUUUAAUUAGUUAAAAGUAAAUAAAAUUUAAAAUUCAGUUUUUCAGUUGCACUAGCCACAUUUCAAGUGCUCAGUAGCCACAUGUGGUUAGUGGCUACAAUAGCGGACCGUACAGAUAUAGAACACUUCCAUUAUCGCAGGAAACUCUUGUUAGUAUAAGGUGGGGAACCAGCGGCCUUAGAGCCACACGUGGCCUUGUGGAUCCUUGAGUGUGUCCUUUUGACUGAAUCCAAAUUUUAAUAAGGGAUUUGUCAAUCAGAUCUCAGCACUUGGGGAUCUGGAGGGCCACAUGUGCAGCAAAUGGCGUCUACCUCCCAGGGUUAUUGUGAGAAUUCAGUGUAUGAAUGUACAUAUGUGCAUGCUUGCACACACAACAUACUGCAUCCUUUCCUGAGAAGCCUGGCACGCUGGGAGCUCAAAUGUGAGUCCUGUUGUCCCUGCCCACACACUCUCAGCCCCAGGCAGCACCAAGAUGACUACUCUGGGCACCUUCUGUCCCACCCCCAUGCCUUUGCUCACAACAGUGCCCCAUUCCUUUUUCUGCCACUUUGAGACAUCUCUGACUUGGUCGUGUCUGACAUCUCUAUGCUUCACUGCUCUAAAUUCCUUCUGCCCUCAUGUCAGCAGGAGAAUCAUGCCAGAGAUCAUAUCUGAGAAAGCAAGACAAUUGUGUUUGUGUGUGUCUGUGUUUGUUGAGGAGUGCUGGUUGUGCUUAUAUUAUUGUAUAUUGGCACCCUUGAGUGUCACAACUACUUUUUGGGGUUGGUUGCCUUUUAAAUCACGACUUUUUAUGGGAUUGACUUUUAGGCUUUGUGAAGGUGUAGGGUUGCUAGUGAGGCAUAUCUGUCUCUGGGAGCAUUCAAGCAGAAAAGACUGACUCCCUUGGGGACAGAUCACUGGCUGCCAUUGGAGUGUGUCUACAUAGCACCACAGAGCCGGAAGACCCUUGAAGGCAGGAAUUCUGAGAAAUGUAUGGUGAAUUUUGGUGUUGCCAUCACCGGAAGCAGAAUAGGCACAAAAAACUUGGGUCAGUGGAUGAGACAACCUCAUCACCGUAGCUGACUUUCCUACAUUCUGGAUAAUGGCGGACAGACUUGUGUCCAUUGUGGUGGAGAACCAUGAAGAAAACAUCAAGGAUGUGGUUGGCCUGUGGUGCUUUUUGGUGGAAAAAAUAAAAAUGAAUGGAAAUUCUA